ACAAUAUUGGCCAAUCCAAUAGCUCCACUGCUACAUCUUCCCUUCAACUGGCUUGUCCCUUCAUUAUUUGGGCAAUUUUGCUCCUUAGAUCGUUCGACCAUCCCAUAGGCUACAACCACCCAAUCAUCCCAUAGGCCUACAACCACCACACUUUGGGGAGCAAUUGGGAGUGUCACCUUAGAUAUGUGACACAUAGCUCAAGUAACGUUUGACUUUUGUGAUUCUAAUAGAUGUGGAUGGCUUUUGAUUUGUAGAUCCAGUGCUCCAUGGUGUUUUUUUUCCGUCUUUCUCCAGUAAUUUGCUUAUUUUCCUCUUUGCGGCUUGUCCCAAGCGGGCCUGCCAAAAUCUCUGCCUCCAGCAAGUUGGGACUUAGAAUGAGUUAGGCUGGGCUUAAGUUGAGCUUUUCCUUGGAUUUUCACGUGUAGUUGGACCUGAAAGUUUUUUUUAGCCUGGGUGUGUGAUUGUUAGACUAAAAACCUGUUUCAAUACAAUUGAUCUUCGGGGAAAAAAGAAAGCAUUGUCUCCAAAUAAAAAUAAAAUAAAAAAUUAUGUUAUAGUAUUAUUAUUAUUUUGGUAAGAGAAGUCACGGGAGGAAACUGAAUUGUGUGGCGAAAGUGGGAAAGAGCUGGAGAUUGGUGGAACCAGAGAUGCCAUCCUUCGCCCCACACACAGCUGGAACUUCCACUUCCUUCACGGUAACAGAGUAUGCUGCUAAUGGAGUAGUUGGUCUUGAGAAAGAAGCAAACCAAAAACCAAUGGAAAAUAAGGCCUCUUCAAUGAAGAAACAAGGCUGUGAGGUUGAAGCUAGAGGGAUCACCUUCAAGAUUUCCACCAAGAAAAGACAACACCCUUUCAAAAUCUUCAAUGAAGAUCAACAGAUUAAUCAAGAACUCAAGCCAAAUCUGGCAGAAAAGCAUGUUCUUAAUGGCGUAAAUUGCAAAGCAAAGCCACAGGAAAUCCUUGCCAUUGUUGGUCCAAGUGGAGCUGGAAAAUCAUCCUUGCUUGAAGUCCUCGCCGGAAAACUUACCCCACAAAAUGGUUCCGUUUUUCUCAACCAAAAUCCCGUCAACAAAGCUCAGUUCAAGAAGAUUUCAGGCUACGUCACACAGAGAGAUACUCUGUUUCCUCUCCUCACAGUGGAGGAGACUCUCAUGUUUAGCGCCAAGCUGCGUCUGAGGCUUCCUGAAGCUCAACUGAUAUCAAGGGUGAAGUCCUUGGUCCACGAACUAGGCCUGGAACGUGUAGCCAUGACUCGUGUGGGUGAUGAAAGGAUUCGUGGGAUCUCCGGCGGAGAAAGGCGUCGAGUUUCUAUAGGAGUUGAUGUUAUACAUGAUCCUAAAGUUCUAAUUCUUGAUGAGCCAACUUCUGGUCUUGAUAGCACUUCUGCUUUGCAGAUUAUUGACAUGCUUAAAGUUAUGGCAGAAACAAGGGGUAGAACCAUAAUACUAAGCAUUCACCAGCCUGGGUUUCUGAUUGUGAAGCUGUUCAAUUCAAUACUUCUGAUGGCUAAUGGGUCAGUUUUGCAUCAUGGAACGGUGGAUCAGCUUGGAGUUCAUUUGCGAACAAUGGGGAUGCAGCUUCCUCUUCAUGUCAAUGUUGUUGAAUUCGCCAUAGAAUCCAUUGAAGCCAUUCAGCAGCAGCAGCAGCAGCAGCAGAUAGAAACUACUCCAUUUUCUAUAACCCAACAAGAGAUCAUGAAAGCAGAGGAAGGAGACGGUAGAAAUGGAAAGUUCACUCUUCAGCAGCUCUUUCAGCAAUCAAAAGUUGUUGACGAGGAAAUUAUCAAUGAUGGGAUUGAUUUUCCUCGAGGUUUUGCAAAUUCCAGGUUCCAGGAGACUCUAAUUCUCACUCAUAGAUUCUCCAAAAACAUUUUUCGAACCAAGGAGCUAUUUGCAUGGAGGACAAUUCAAAUGCUAAUUUCUGGGCUUGUCUUAGGUUCAAUCUUUUGCAAUUUAAAAGAUGAUUUGACAGGAGCAGAAGAAAGAGUAGGCCUAUUUGCUUUUACAUUAACAUUCUUACUCUCUUCCACAACAGAAGCUCUACCAAUCUUCUUGCAAGAAAGAGAAAUUCUAAUGAAGGAGACCUCUUGCGGGAGCUACAGAGUCUCAUCGUAUGCAGUGGCUAAUGGGCUUGUUUACUUGCCAUUUCUAUUGAUUCUAGCCAUUUUGUUCUCUAUUCCAUUAUACUGGCUAGUGGGUCUGAAUCCAAAUUUCACAGCAUUCACCCACUUCGUGCUCUUGAUCUGGCUGAUUCUUUACACUGCAAAUUCAGUUGUGGUAUGCAUGAGUGCUCUAGUGCCAAAUUUCAUCGUUGGAAAUUCAGUAAUAUCAGGGGUGAUGGGUUCCUUCUUUUUGUUCUCUGGAUACUUCAUCUCAAAGAAUGGGAUUCCAAACUACUGGAUGUUCAUGCAUUAUGUAUCAGUUUUCAAGUACCCAUUUGAAGGAAUGCUGAUAAAUGAGUUCUCAAAAUCAGGGAAAUGUCUGCAAUACAUGUUUGGGAGAUGCAUGGUUAGAGGAGAAGAUGUGCUGAAAGAAGAAGGAUAUGGAGAAGAAAGCAGGUGGAGAAAUGUGGUGAUAAUGGUGUGCUUCAUCUUUGUUUAUAGGUUUAUUUCUUAUGUGAUUCUUAGAAUUAGAUGCUCUCUCUCAAGUCCUCGGAGUUCUGUCAUCUGUGGUUGAUGGAUCAGCUUGCUUGCUCUUCUCUCACACUCAAGAGAGUUUCACAUGUUUUUGGAAUUUACUUGAGAUAGCAGACAAAAAAAGAAACAUCAUGAAACAAAAUGUAAUAUAUGACCCACAUCUCUCAGUUUCCAUAUUUUAUUUUAUUUUACUAGUUUUCCUUUCUAA